AUGGAAAGAGUUGGGCUUUACCUGCUAGUUCUUGUAGUCACCCUCCGGUACACCACCACCGUGAAUGGUGGUGCCGCCAGUCCCACCGCCAUGGACUUAAUCAGGGCCUCAUGCAAAACCACCCUUCAUGCCUCCCUCUGUGUCCGCUGUCUCUCAAGUUACGCUGGUUCAAUCAAGGGGAGCAACGCCGACCGCCUCCUUGCGAAAGCAGCAAUUUCCGUCAGCCUGAACAACACCAAGUCAGCAAGCGUCUUCAUAUCCAAACUUGGCCGUGUCUCCGGUAUAAAACCCAGAGAGUACCAAGCUGUGAAGGACUGUAUUAGCACCAUGACCAACAGCGUGGCAAGUCUAAGCCAGUCGGUUCAGGAGCUAGACCAGAUGGCUCGAACCAGGGGUCAUGAUUUCGAGUGGCACAUGAGCAACGCUGAGACGUGGGUCGGUUCUGCUCUUACUAAUCAAAACAUAUGUGCAAGGGGAUUUGAUGAUAGUUCUAUGAAUGGACAUGUGAAGAAUGCUAUCACAAGUAGAAUGGUUUAUGUUUCACAAGUCACAAGUAACGCACUUGCUUUGGUCAACAGGUUUGCUGUAAGGCAUAGAAAGGGUAUCCGUCAUCCAUAG